AUGGUUCCCUUCACUAAAUGGAGAUCUUCGUUCAUCACAGGGCUCUUCACUUUUAGCAUCUUAUUUCUUUUUAUGUUCUUCCAAAACGCGGUGAUCUAUACUUUCCUAAAAACAUCAGUUGAUUCCACCAAAGGAGGUCUGUGCGCUUGUGAUAAAUGUGUCACGGAUCUGAACGAUGAAGACUGGUUCUUCUUGCGGUUCAACCCCACAGUUCCACCUCUGCUGAACAGGAGAAACAGUGUGUUACAGACAGACGUCUACCGAUGGUGGAAGGGUCUACAGUCUGAAUCCUCUAAAACGAACUACACAGAUGUGGUGGACACAUUGUUUUCUCAAUUCCCCGAUGAAGAACACUACUCAGACGCUGGUCCAGAUCGCUGCAGAACCUGUGCUGUGGUGGGAAACUCUGGGAACCUCCUGGCAUCCCAUUAUGGUCUACUAAUAGACAGCCAUGACUUUGUCAUAAGGAUAAAUAAGGGUCCGACAAAAGGUUUCGAGAAGGAUGUGGGAUCUAAGACCACUCACCGGAUUCUGUAUCCUGAGAGUGCUGUAGACGUGGACAACUCCACCCAUCUGGUGCUUCUGCCCUUUAAGAUUAAAGACAUGCGCUGGCUAAUCAGUGUCUUCACCACCAGACACAUCACGAGCACUUAUAUUAGAGUGAGAGCUACAGUAAAUGCAGACAGAGACAAGGUGAUGAUCAUCCAUCCUGCAUUCAUAAAAUACGUCUAUGAGAGCUGGCUGCAGAAACAUGGCAAAUAUCCUUCUACUGGCUUCAUUACAUUGAUAUUCGCCCUGCACAUCUGUGAUCAGGUCAAUGUUUUCGGGUUUGGAGCGAAAAGUGACGGACACUGGCAUCACUAUUUUGACGGUAUCUUGACUCACUUCAGCAGAGGCAGUCAUGGUGGAGACUUUGAAAAUAAAACUAUAAAUGAGCUUCUGCUGAUAAACAAGAUUUCUAUGCAUAAAGGGUGGUAA